AUGCGGGGUUACUCUUUUCACCAUAGCGCCACCCAGCGUCGACGUCAUUGGCCCGUGACCAAUGAACCCUUCGCGCUGCCUGGUUGGAGAGGGUAUAAUUUCGGCAAGUUCCCAAUAUCUACCUUUUUCCCCUCCUUUUUCAAUUAUACCUUUCCCUUCGUCGUCGUCCUUUAUCUCUCAUUCAAUAGGAACCUGCACACAUCGAGCUAUCUUGAGCUAAGUUAG